UUGCACUGUGAGAAGAUCCAGAAGUGGAAGAAGCUGUUGCUGAUAUUGCUUGCACACAGAAAAGGCUUUGGCAAAGAAAAAGAAGCAGCAACUUAUGAAAAAGCAUGUUUCUGGUCAGACCCAAACACUUCCCAACCCAUCCUUAGUGACAAACAAUCACUCCUUCCAAUAUUCCAACACACGCUCAUUCUACAUUGCUUCACCACUCUCUCUUUCACCAUGGCCAAGGAAUCCUCUCUAUGCCUCUUCUUCCUCUCUUUUCUCAUUCUCCUUUCUUCCGGGACUGCAUCUUCACCCUCUCUUGAAGUACAGAAUACCAAAGGUUUAGGUUUUGUACUGGAAGAUCUCAAAAGAGAAGAGGGAGAAGGGAUAAUCCCUUUGAUCCUAAGAGAAAAGCCAAGCAAAGUCCACAUCAGAAGAAUUCUUCAAGUCACAAACAACUCACCUACCACAGUUUCCCCCACAAAUCCAACCCCACCUGCACCAGUAAUCUCACCUCCAGAUACACCAACCAUCAUCACAGUUCCUUCCACCAAUCCUGUGACAGUUUCCCCCACUAAUCCAGGGGCAACACCUGUGACAGUUCCUUCUACCACACCAGCUACUCCCUCAGCACCCACAAACCCAGCCAAUCCAGGGGCUCAAUCAGUCACCAACCCUGCGACCUCAUAUCCACCACCAUCAGGAAAUGGUCCUGUCACAAAUGCCCUUCCUCCUCCUCCAAACACAAACGCUCAAGCCACGCCUGGGGGCAGUUGGUGUGUGGCAAAGACUGGAGUUUCAGAAGCUACUCUUCAAUCAGCAUUGGACUAUGCUUGUGGAAUGCAAAGUGUAGAUUGUUCUCAGAUACAGCAAGGUGGGAGUUGUUACAAUCCAAAUUCAUUGCAAAACCAUGCUUCUUUUGCCUUCAACAGCUACUACCAGAAGAAUCCUGCGUCAACAAGCUGUGAUUUUGGAGGCACUGCAACCAUAGUUAGCACCAAUCCAAGUUCGGGUUCUUGCAUUUACCCAUCUUCUUCAGGGGCAGGCACAUCCGGCUCUAAUGGCUCACCUUCAGUUUUAGGAUCCCAAAGCCCUCCUGAUUUAAGUACCUCAAAUUCAGCUGGUCUGAGGCCUUCUCUUAACUUUAUGGUUCUGAUCGUAUUAUCCUUAGUCGGCAUAAGACUCACUAUAUGAGUUUUCCUCAAUACACAUAGUGUUGAAGUUAGUUGUGUUGUAAUAUUACAAUCAAUGUACAGCUCAAACAGCAGUAUGACAGUAGAAUGAAUAGAAGAAGAGAGACCACAUGAGGAUGACAGGUUCUGGUCUGGUUCAGGUACAAGAGUUGUGCGUAAUUUAGUAUGCAUUGGUCAGAGUUUGUGUUGGAAAUUCGUUUGCAUAUAUGAGGGUUUGUUACUAUUUUUCAAAAUGAUUCACAUGAAUAUGUCUAGUUAGAAUCCAGGUUAUUGAACUCAUGGGAACAAUUUCACACUAUGGAAGAGUCUAUUCUGAGAGCUUGUGAUGAUGUAGAAGAUUAAUAAAGAGUGUUACGUUUCAUGGCAAUCAUCUCUGUAAAGCAGAGCAGCAAUUAUGAUAUUGGUAGAUUGUGAAGGUUUUUUUGGGAAACCACUCUAAAGGGCACUAUAGAUUAUCAUAGUGGAGUACUCAUGAUUAUAUGUGGUAGAGCAUGCAUGCUUUACUGGUUUUGAAUCAUCAUAAGCAAUAUUUGUCCACAUUCAAAAGCUCUUGUUCUUAAAUGAGUUACUAUUUGAUUUUUUUUUUAA